UCCCCCCAUGCCUCAGAGCUUGCAACAGCAGCAUCAUCACCCUCCCCCCAUGUCUCAGAGCUUGCAACAGCAGCAUAAUCACCCUCCCCCCAUGCCUCAGAGCUUGCAACAGCAGCAUAAUCACCCUCCCCCCAUGCAUCAGAGCUUGCAACAGCAGCAUCACCCUAUCCCCAUGCAUCAGAGCUUGCAACAGCAGCAUCACCCACCCUCCAUGCCUCAGAGCUUGCAACAGCAGCAUAAUCACCCUCCCCCCAUGCCUCAGAGCUUACAGCAUCACCUCCCCAUGCCUCCAAGCGUGCAACAGCAGCAUCAUUACCCUCCCCCCAUGCCUCAGAGCUUGCAACGGCAGCAAUCUUACUUUCCCUCGAUGCCUCCGAGCUUGCAAAAUCAGCAGCAGCCUAGCAUUAUGCCUCACCACUCACAACAGCAGCUUCAGCCUACUUCUCACAACUUGCAGCAGCAGCAUCCAAUGGGACAGGGCCCAGAGGGACAACCGCCAUUCCAGAGCACGAAUAAGCCCCCAGACAAGGCUCCGUGUAACUCAUUUCAGGAACCCUGGAAACCGGGAGUUACCUCGGCAACAUCCACCAUGCCUCCUAAAAACUGCUCGUGGCCCAAAGUUGCGUGUGGCAAAGCUCUGCUGAAGACCCCUCCGCUUCUGCUGAAGACCCCUCCUCCGCUUCUGCUGAAGACCCCUCCGGUUGCCUGUGAAACAAAAUUCAUGACAAGAAGCUUCCCGCUGAGGGCGGAGAUACAUUGCUACUUGGGAAAUUUCGUCAACGGAAAAGAGAAGCACUGCAGCAUUUGCGACGUGGGACUAACCAGCGAUCAGGAAUUGAAAACUCACAAGGAUUCAGAACGACACAGAUAUAACUCGUUUUUGUUUUCAAAUCGGUUUGUUCAGGAGUGCCGCAAUGCCCUGAGAAAACAGGACCUGCGCAGGAGCACUAGCAGGGAGCAUCCCAGUGGCUGGAAAAGGAGCAGUAGCGAGGAGCGACGUGGUGGCUGGAACAGGAGCAGGGAGCAACCCAGUGGCCGAAAAAGGAGCCGGAGCAGGAGCCGGAGCAGGAGCCGGAGCCGGAGCAGUAGCCGGAGCAGUAGCCGGAGCCGUAGCCGGAGCAAGGAGACACAGCAGGGCUUAAACAAAAGUAGAGAUAUGAAGAGGUCAAGAAGCUCCAACAGGAGCAGAGAGAUGACUGUGGGCUCCACAAGAAGUAUAAGCCGGGAGAGGAGCUGUGAAAAGAUCUUGAGCAGCAGUAAGGGGAGAAGAGAGACUUCAAGUUCCAUUAAGGACAAGCAGCAGCAUCCAAUGGGACAGGGCCCAGAGGGACAACCGCCAUUCCAGAGCACGAAUAAGCCCCCAGACAAGGCUCCGUGUAACUCAUUUCAGGAACCCUGGAAACCGGGAGUUACCUCGGCAACAUCCACCAUGCCUCCUAAAAACUGCUCGUGGCCCAAAGUUGCGUGUGGCAAAGCUCUGCUGAAGACCCCUCCGCUUCUGCUGAAGACCCCUCCUCCGCUUCUGCUGAAGACCCCUCCUGUUGCCUGUGAAACAAAAUUCAUGACAAGAAGCUUCCCGCUGAGGGCGGAGAUACAUUGCUACUUGGGAAAUUUCGUCAACGGAAAAGAGAAGCACUGCAGCAUUUGCGACCUGGGACUAACCAGCGAUCAGGAAUUGAAAACUCACAAGGAUUCAGAACGACACAGAUAUAACUCGUUUUUGUUUUCAAAUCGGUUUGUUCAGGAGUGCCGCAAUGCCCUGAGAAAACAGGACCUGCGCAGGAGCACUAGCAGGGAGCAUCCCAGUGGCUGGAAAAGGAGCAGUAGCGAGGAGCGACGUGGUGGCUGGAACAGGAGCAGGGAGCAACCCAGUGGCCGGAGCAGGAGCCGGAGCAGUAGCCGGAGCAGUAGCCGGAGCCGUAGCCGGAGCAAGGAGACACAGCAGGGCUUAAACAAAAGUAGAGAUAUGAAGAGGUCAAGAAGCUCCAACAGGAGCAGAGAGAUGACUGUGGGCUCCACAAGAAGUAUAAGCCGGGAGAGGAGCUGUGAAAAGAUCUUGAGCAGCAGUAAGGGGAGAAGAGAGACUUCAAGUUCCAUUAAGGACAAGUUCUCCAGGACAGAAAACUUCAAAGAAUCGGAGAGAGAUGCAAAGCGAGAUGCAGUUAGCAAUAGGGACCUUUAUACAAAGGGAGGCCCAGGUGCCAUAAAAGACCUGGAUAAGAGGAGAGGCAGAAUCAUUGAGGGAGACUCAAAGACAAAAAUAGACACAAAGAAAGUCUUGGAUACAAGAAGUGUAGAUAAGAGGGAUUCCGAUACAAAAAAAUACAUGCACACCGAGAGAGGCUCUAAUUCAAAAAGCGUAGAUGGUAGGAGGGAUUCGUAUACAAAAAAACAUACUGACGCAAAUAAAGUCUCGGAUACAAGACGUACGGAUGAUAAGAUGCGUUCUGGUACAGAGAAAGAUGCUGACACCAGGAAAGCCUCGGAUUCCAGAAGUACAUAUAGAAGGGAUUUGGAUACAAAGAAAGAUACUGACGCAAAUAAAGUCUCGGAUACAAGACGUACGGAUGAUAAGAUGCAUUCUGGUAUAGACAAAGAUGCCGACACCCAGAAAGUCUCAGAUACAAAAGGUACAGAUGAUAGUCAGGGUUCAGAUACAAAGAAAGAUGCUGACAUCAGGAAAGUCUCGGAUACAAGAAGUGUAUAUAAGAGGUAUUGGGAUACAAAAAAAUACAUGAACACCAGGAAAGGCUCAGAUUCAAGAAUAGCAGCUAGUAGAUGGGAUGUAUAUGGAAAGAAAGAUACUGACACGAAGAAAGUCUCAGAUACAAGACGUAGUACGGAUGAUAAGAUGGAUUCCGGUACAAAUAGAUACGGUGAAACCAGGAAAAUCUCAAAUACAAGAAGUACGGAUGCAAAGAUGAAUUCAUUUGCGGAGAAAGCUGCUGACACCCAGAAAGCAUCAGAUAGAAGAAGUACGGAUGAUAGGAUGCGUUCCCGUACAGAGAAAGAUUCUGACACCAAGAGAGCCUCGGAUUCCAGACGUACGGAUAAGAGGGAUUCCGAUACAAAAAAAUACAUGCACACAAAGAAAGGCUCAGAUUCAAGAAAUGAAGAUGAUAAGAGAGAUUCGUGUGCAGAGAAAAAUGAUGACACAAAUAAAGUAUCGGAUACAAGAAGUGUAGAUGAUCAGAGGGACUCAAGUACAAAGAAAGACACAGACGUGAAGCAGGAUUCAGAUACCAAGAGUGAUGCAGGGGAUUUGAGCGAGCAGACAUCCAAGAGUAACCUCCGUGAGAGAGAAGAGACUCCAGCAAUAUGUGAUGCCACAGAAGAGAUCAGCGGUGUUGGUGGAAUGACUCCUGAGAACACGGAGAAGACCUGGUUUCCCCUGAGCAUGGAGAACAUGGUAACCCUGGACGAGGUAAAAGAGGAUGAAGUGCUACAACAAGAUCAAGAAGGUGCUCCUCUGCUCAUGGAAAAGAAUUGGCAUGGAAAGGGAAAUUCAGCGAGGAAACAGGUAGAGAAAUGCGUGACUGGAACGAAGGACCAGGAGCAAGACAAGAUGACGACACUGGUGCAGAUGACAGAAGAAAAGACAGCAGCUGGCAAUGUGGAACUGGAAAUGCACGAAGGUAAAAUUGAGGUUAUGGUGGAGCCGGAAGGGGGUUCUGUCCGGCCACAAAGCAGCAAUGAUGCAGACCCAGAAAACACGCGGGCUGGUGACGAGAGAGCCACAACGGUGACUUCAUUGACAGAAGACGAGGCAACACCAAGCGGAGUGAUGGCGGGAAGGCAGCCGUCCUCUACAAGAGCAGGGGAAGCCAAGGAGAAGGAGGGGAGGCAGGAGGAAGAAGGAAAGCAUAAGGCAGCAAAGGACGAGGCACCGACAGAGAUGGAGGGAACAGCGAGUGUGUGUGUCACGGUGGAAUCCAACCCAGCCACGCCAGACGAGCAAGCUGGCGAGCAGGGAGACGCAAUGGCGGCGCCAUCUACCAUCAAGGAAGAGGUUCCUUGCGGAGCGACGAGGGAUGAGGAGGAGGAAGUGGAGAAACAGCCGGGAUGUAGAGGGGGCAAGAGGGGCCGGCGCCGUGCUGGACGCCAACGAAGCGCGACUCUAAGUGUGCCGUUAAGGGAGCAGGGCAGUCGCAGUCCAGCAGCCAAGAAAGCCCGGGUGGAGAUGGUGGCACCAACAUCCAGGGUCACCCGGUCCAGAGUACGAAAAGACGCAAGUGUUGACAUCUGCCCGAAGCAGGGUGAAGAGAAGCUGGCACCCGACGAAACCAAGAGCCAGAUCGAGGAAACUCUGACACCGGGCAGCAGCCAGACCUCUGAGCAGGAGCCUCCUGCCCCAGUCCGUGUCUCUGAACAGGUUGAAGAGAAGGUAGGUGAAGAAGCCAAGAGGCAGGCAGAGGAAGCCCUUAGGCCUGAAGAUGCACGGACCUCAGAGGGGAAGGUACCUGGAUCUGAGCAGGGUGAAGAGGAGCCGACAGCCAAGAAAGACAUGAAACAGCCAGAAGAAGACACGAAGCAGCCACAGGAAGACACUAAGCCACCAGACCAAGACACAAAGCAGGCAGCGGAAGAUACGAAGCAGUCGGAGGAAGAUGCGAAACAGCCAGGGGAAGAGACGAAGCAGUCUGGGGUAGACACAAAGCAGCCAGAGGAAGACACAAAGCAGGCAGAGGAAGACGCGAAGCAGCCAGGGGAAGAGACGAAGCAGUCUGGGGUAGACACAAAACAGUCUGAGGUAGACACGAGGCAGCCUGGGGUAGACACAGAGAAGUCUGGGGUAGACACGAAGCAAUCUGGGGUAGAGACAAAGCAGUCUAGGGUAGAGACAAAGCAGUCUGGGGUAGACACGAAGCAGUCUGGCGUAGACACGAAGCAGCCUGGCAUAGACACGAAGCAGUCAGGGCAAGACACAAAGCAGCCUGGGGAAGAGACGAAGCAGUCUGGGGUAGACACGAAGCAGCCUGGGGUAGACACAAAGCAGCCAGAGGUAGACACGAAGCAGCCUGGGGUGGACACGAAGCAGUCAGGGCAAGACACAAAGCAGUCUGGGGUAGACACGAAGCAGUCUGGGGUAGACACGAAGCAGCCUGGGGUAGACACGAAGCAGUCAGGGCAAGACACAAAGCAGUCUGGGGUAGACACGAAGCAGCCAGAGGUAGAGACGAAUCAGUUUGUGGUAGACACGAAGCAGCCUGGGGUAGACACAAAACAGUCUGGGGUAGACACGAAGCAGUUUGUGGUAGACACGAAGCAGCCUGGGGUAGACACAAAACAGUCUGGGGUAGACACAAAACAGUCUGAGGUAGACACGAAGCAGCCUGGGGUAGACACAAAACAGUCUGAGGUAGACACGAAGCAGUCUGGGGUAGACACGAAGCAGUCUGGGGUAGACACGAAGCAGUUUGUGGUAGACACGAAGCAGCCUGGGGUAGACACAAAACAGUCUGGGGUAGACACGAAACAGUCUGGGGUAGACACAAAGCAGCCUGGGGUAGACACAAAACAGUUUGAGGUAGACACGAAGCAGUCUGGGGUAGACACGAAGCAGUCUGGGGUAGACACGAAGCAGUCUGGGGUAGACACGAAGCAGCCAGAGGUAGACACGAAGCAGUCUGGGGUAGACACGAAGCAGUCUGGGGUAGACACGAAGCAGUCUGGGGUAGACACGAAGCAGUCUGGGGUAGACACGAAGCAGUCUGGGGUAGAUACGAAGCAGUCUGGGGAAGAGACAAAACAGUCUGGGGUAGACACGAAACAGUCUGGAGAUGACACGAAACAGUCUGGAGAUGACACGAAGCAGUCUGGGGUAGACACGAAGCAGUCUGGGGUAGACACAAAACAGUCUGGGGUAGAUACGAAGCAGUCUGGGGAAGAGACCAAACAGUCUGGGGUAGACACAAAGCAAUCUGGAGAUGACACGAAACAGUCUGGGGUGGACACGAAGCAGCCAAGGGAACAUCACAUGCCAAAAGAUGCCAAGGCCUCAGAAGGAGAGCUUUCUAGAUUGGAAGAUCCUCAUGCUGGAUCUGAGCAGUGUAAAAAGGAGGAACCCAUCGCCGAGGAAGCCAAGAGCCAGGCAGAGGAAAACCAGACUCUGGGGGAUGGCCAAACCUCUAAGAGAGAGAAUCCAGAGGAGGAGCCGGCAGCUAAGAAGUCCAGGAUCCAGGUAGAGGAUGCGUCGAUGCCGAAAGAUGCUCCGAGUUCAGAGAAGCAGCCUCCCGACACUGAGCAUCGUGAAGGGGGAAAUCCGCCAGUCAAUGAAGCCAGAAGCCAGGCAAAUGAAAUGGGGCCGUCUGAACACAAAGACACCCCGCAGCAGGACCCUCCUGGCUGGGAGUACAUCACCCGAAGCUUCUACUGCAAGCUCUGCCGCAUCCUCUCCACCAAUAGUGAAGUUGCCAAGAUUAAGCACUGCAGAAGCGCCCAGCACCACCUGAACUACCAGAAAUACAUGGAGGAGAAGGCGCAGAGUGAACCGUGCAAGGCGAGUGGCGAUGGAAAGUGACAGCAGGUGUUACGAUUGUGGCUUGCAUCCGGAAUAAUAUCCUGUGACUGUGAAACUCCUCCAUAGAAGCGAUUUGUCAUGGGCAUGUGGCACAAUAUAGAGUUAACCUGCUGAUGACAGUUUACACGCAAUUGGGUGGUGCACUGGUGUGGAAACAGGCUGAGAGCAUGAUACAACCGUCAUUGUGUUUAUUAAUAUCAGUGAUGUACAGCAGUCCUGCACAGGUGUAACUUAUUGACCUGUAAUCUAACCCAAACCUGCAACAAAUAUUCAGUGAUGAUUUACAUCUGGUUACAUUCUCGCGGUGUUUCAGCAACAACAUCCAUUAAAGACGAGCUAUUGACAGGGAGUUAACCACACCUGACACAUAGUACUUUGCCAAUAGUAUGCAGUGGCUGUUACUCAGAAUGAGUCCAGAUGUUUAUAUGAAAGUGAAAAUGUGCAUUUCAAGUUUGAAAUGUGUCACCCAAUGUUUAAAGUUCUGUUAAGAAAGCUAAAGAGCCGUGUACAAAGAGGACCUACAAUGAACGUGACCCGCAAUCAAUAAUACAGACUUUGUUCAGACCCGAAAUAAACCAGCUUGUGGAUCACCCAUGGGCACUCACGGGUAUCUGGCCUGAUGCAGAAUUCUAGUCGUGUACAGUUAUGGAUAUUUCAGUGUAAGAUUGUAAGAUGUACUCUAUACCACAAGGCAUUGUCAACAUUGUGUAAUGCCAGCAGUGAACGCCUCCUGUCUGCACUGUUCACCUGUAGCAGUGUUCCUACUCUUUUGUUUAUGAAAAAAAAUGUGAUGUGACCACAAGUAGUCAUUGCAGAUUGUGUUUUACUUUUUUUUGCUUAAAAGCUCGAAGUUAUACGCAUAUGUUGGAACUGGGAUGUUUGUCAAUGGUUCAAGAAAGCACCAAUGAAACCCUCGCUGCAGCACGGCAAUUUUACGGCAUAACUUGGUAAUGUCUUGGCUGAAUUACGCAGUUUCUCAUAUUUGCGAGAAUCCCAGCCUGCUGGUCGAGAUGGCAAGUGUAUAAUAGUACAGGUGACCCCUGACUUAGGACGGCUCAACUUGCAACCCCACACUUUUACGACCUUAUAGUAAGACCCCCCCCACAUGAGAUGAAAACUCGAAUCUUCGACCUCUUCUGUGUCCGAGAAGAGGAACUGUCACGCAGAAAAGUACUUGAGAAUUUUCAAAUAUAAGUAUAUUUUAAUAUUAUUUUUACUUAAUGUUUGUGAAAGUUAUGUUGAGUUGCAAUAAAUGUUAGGGUUAUUUUCAUUUAUUUUUGUGGUCAAUUUUGGUAUUUUUAUGGUAUGUAAUGGGUUUCCAGAUACGGAACCCCAAUUGAUAACAUUGCAACUGGGAAAUAAGGGUUCGACUUAGACGGCUCGAAUUGCGUCCAGCAACACAUUAGGUCGUAGGUGUGCCGGGGUUGCCUGUAUAGGACGUUUCUUCCAUGUCGAUUUUUGCAAUUUUAGAGUGUUCCUUCUCCACAUGUGCCGGUUUUCUCCUGGCACUUAUCCCACAUACAAAACACUAAAAGGAAUUGAUUAUCCUAAUGUGAGAAAAAACGUGAUUUUUGUUGAGGCUUUCCAGGACAAAUAAUGACCAUUAUGGCUUAAUUCUUGAUUAUUCAUGACUAGAGUAAAACUCUGCAGUGCAUUAUGACUCACGGUCUUGUAACAUUUUGAGAAGUAAUUACCAUGCAGGUUAUGAAUUGCUGAUACUGCUUUUAUGAGAAAAACAUUUGACUUGCGGUCAUUUGUAAAUUUGUUUUAUCAAGUCGUGAAAAUAGAUUUAUCCCAUCACAAGUUUGUGGUAGAACAUUUGUAUAUAAGCAUGGAAUAAACGUUUCCAUUACCAGAAACAUUAACUGCUGAAUAUUUUGUCAAAUGGCUUCCUGCAAUCUCUCCCUUUCUCAUUUUACAGACGAGCAUCCCACUUUACCAGAACAUUCCCCAAGUCUUGUUCAUAUAAUUAUAACCCAUCAUUUAUACAGGGUGAGCCAUAAGUAACUACUCGAUUGUUUUGCCUACAACUUGUAAAAAAUGAAAUAAAAACACAAACUCUA